GGCAGGGGCGGGAACUGAGAGAAGGCGGGAGUUCCAGGUUCCGCCCCGGAGCUGACUUCCUGGUAGGCAGACACCCCGGGUUAGUAGCAGCGGUUGUGAAGGACCCCGGAGCCAUGGAGCGCACACGGGACGCCAUCCUGGAUGCACUAGAGAACCUGACCGCUGAAGAGUUCAAGAAAUUCAAGCUUAAGCUGCUUUCGGUGCCGCUGCGCGAGGGCUACGGGCGUAUCCCGCGGGGCACGCUGCUGCCAAUGGAUGCCGUGGACCUCACCGAUAAGCUGGUCUCCUUCUAUCUGGAUGCAUAUGGUGCCGAGCUCACAGCGCUCGUGCUGCGCGAGAUGGGCAUGCUGAAGCCGGCGGAGCAGCUGCAGAUCUUCAUGGGCAAGGGCCCCAGAGCUGCUCCUGCUGGGAUCAAAGCCCCUCCCGAGCCGGCAGCCAAACCAGCCAGGAGCACUACGAGAGAACUAACCUGGGCCAACCCUGCCUACCCACAUGUUCACACCUCCAUGAGCACUGCACUUUGUGGACCAGCACAGGUCAGCACUCAUCACUCGGGUCACAGAUGUGGACGGGGUGCUAGAUGCCCUUUAUGGGAAGAUUCUGACGGAGGAGCAGUACCAGGCUGUGCGGGCAGAAACCACCAACCCAAUGAAGAUAAGGAAGCUCUUCAGCUUUGCUCCAGCCUGGAACCAGACCUGCAAGGAUCUGCUCCUUCAGGCCCUGAGGGAUACCCAGCCCUACCUGGUGAACGACCUGGAACAGAGCUAAGGCAUCUUUCCCCAGCAGCACACCCCAGCAAUUCCAGUCAACUCACCCCAAGUUUGAUUUAAUUCACAAUAUAUGAAAACCCAACCUGUA